AUGGCUGCAACAAAGAGAAAGAGAACACGAGGAAAGGAGGUGGGAGAGGAGGCAGUGGCCGAGACUGAAGAAGAGGGGGAGGCGGAGGCUGAGGAAGAGGAGGAAGAGGCCGAGGAAAAAGCCGAGGAAGAGGCCGAGGAAAAGACAUCUUCACCAAAAGAUCAGAAGCCAAAUGACGACCUUGGGAUCUCGAAAAUUGAAGUGGAUAACGAAGAAGCUAUGGAUGAAGAACCACUAGAAGAAGAAGAACGUAAACGAAUUGUUAACUACGAAUUUGAUGGACGGAAAUACUCAUACAAAGAAAAGCCUUCUGUUAUAGAGGAAAAGGAAGGAAAGAUCGAGUUUAGAGUAGUGAACAAUGAUGGAAAAGGAGAUGAGUUGAUCAUUUUGACUGGGUUGAAGAAUAUCUUCCAGAAACAGCUUCCAGAGAUGCCCAAAGCUUAUAUUACCCGGCUUGUAUUUGAUCGUUCGCAUGUGUCUAUUGCAGUUGUUAGAAAGCCACUUAUAGUAGUAGGAGGAAUUACAAUCAAGCCAUUUGAAAGCCAUCAUUUUGCUGAGAUUGUAUUCUGUGCCAUCUCCUCAUCGGAACAGGUCAGAGGUUAUGGUGCUCAUAUGAUGAACCAUUUAAAGACGUAUGUUAGAGGUACCAUGGAUGUCAAGUAUUUUCUCACAUAUGCAGAUAACUAUGCUAUUGGUUAUUUCAAGAAGCAGGGAUUUACUAAGGAGAUAACUCUGCCCAAAAAGCUGUGGAUGGGAUAUAUUAAAGAUUAUGAGGGAGGAACACUAAUGCAAUGCACUAUGCUACCGAGAAUCCGGUAUUUGGAUGGUCCUAAGAUCUUGUCAUUACAGAGAGCUGCUAUAUUGAAGAAGAUAAGGUCGAUAGGUCAUUCGCACUUGGUUCGACCCGGAUUAAAGCACUUUAAAGAAAAUACACCUUCUCCAUUAGAUCCUUUGACGAUACCAGGAAUUAGAGAAGCUGGUUGGACUAAAGAAAUGGAUGAUUUGGCACAACAACCAAAGAGAAGUCCGCAUUAUGCUGUUAUGAUGACUUUGCUCACAGAAAUGAUGAAUCAUCCAUCAAACUGGCCGUUUCUACAGCCCGUUAAUAAGGAUGAGGUCGCUGAUUACUACCAGGUUAUAACAGAACCAAUGGAUUUGAGUACUAUGGAGGUGAAACUUGAUAGUAAUGCUUAUGAAGCAUUGGACGACUUCCUCUACGAUUGUAAGUUGAUCUUCGCCAAUUGUCGUCAAUAUAAUGGGGAGAAUACCACCUUCUUCAAGAACGCCAAUAAGUUGGAAAAGGUUCUCAUUAAUAAGCUUAAGGAUUUCCCUGAGUAUUCACAGUAUGUCGACAUGCUACAGCAGUAA